AUGGGUUCCCCUAUGUCUCCUCAUUCACCGCACUCUGCCCAUUCGCCCCAGGCGAGUGAGAGUAGUUUGUAUUCGCAUAAUAUCCAGCACGAGCACAGCUAUGGAUACGAAGAAGAAAAAAACGAACAAGCGGAGAGUCAGCAAUCCCUCCUCUAUCGCAACCAACCGAGCCCGUUCAAUGGGCCAUUCGACGACCCUUAUGCCUCUAGCGACUCCAUGCGACGCUAUACGCUGCAAGAUCCUGGUGCGGCCGUCUUUUCUGAUGGGGCAUACCAGGAGCCUGCAGCGAGCAGCGGGUUCAGCGGCCGCCCAUCACGAGUCAACUCUCCUAUGUCCGAGACUGGUUCCGAGGCCUGGCAACAGCGACAAGCCCCUGGCUCUGGGCUCCGCCGAUAUGCCACCCGAAAAAUCAAACUGGUGCAGGGCUCCGUGCUGAGCGUGGACUACCCAGUGCCUAGUGCGAUUCAAAAUGCCAUCCAGAAAGAGUACCGGGAGUCCGAAGAGGGUUUCCCCGAAGAGUUCACGCAUCUGCGCUACACCGCCGCCACCUGUGACCCUGACGAGUUUACCCUGCGCAAUGGAUACAACCUCCGACCGGCGAUGUACAACCGACACACCGAGUUACUGAUCGCCAUUACCUACUACAACGAAGACAAAGUCCUUACUGCCCGUACGCUACACGGUGUCAUGCAAAAUAUUCGCGACAUCGUCACAUUGAAGAAAUCCGAGUUCUGGAAUAAGGGUGGCCCUGCCUGGCAGAAAAUUGUCGUUGCGAUGGUCUUCGACGGUAUUGAUCCUUGCGACAAAAACACGCUUGAUCUGCUUGCCACGGUCGGUAUUUAUCAAGAUGGUAUUAUGAAGCGGUCUGUUGACGGACGCGAAACCAUUGCCCACAUUUUUGAAUAUACCACUCAGCUUUCCGUUACUGCCAGCCAGCAAUUGAUUCGCCCUCAGGGCAAUGAAUCAACCAACAUUCCCCCAGUUCAAAUGAUUUUCUGCUUAAAGCAGAAGAACAGCAAGAAGAUUAACUCCCAUCGUUGGUUGUUCAACGGAUUUUGUCGUAUUUUGAAUCCUGAAGUUGUUAUUCUUCUUGAUGCCGGUACUAAGCCAGGAAAGAAGUCCCUUCUUUACCUGUGGGAAUCUUUCUACAACGAUAAGAACUUGGGUGGCUCUUGUGGUGAAAUUCACGCCAUGUUGGGUAAGGGCUGGAAGAAUCUGAUGAACCCCCUGGUUGCGGCACAGAAUUUCGAGUACAAGAUUUCCAAUAUUCUUGACAAACCCCUUGAGAGUGCCUUCGGAUACGUUUCUGUGUUGCCAGGUGCCUUCUCAGCUUACCGUUACCGAGCUAUUAUGGGUCGUCCUCUUGAGCAGUACUUCCACGGUGAUCACACGCUCUCAAAACAACUUGGAAAGAAGGGUAUUGAGGGAAUGAACAUUUUCAAGAAGAACAUGUUCCUUGCUGAGGAUCGUAUUCUAUGUUUCGAACUUUCUGCCAAGGCUGGAUUCAAGUGGCAUCUGACCUAUGUUAAGGCUGCCAAGGGUGAAACCGAUGUGCCUGAAGGUACUGCGGAAUUUAUCAGUCAGCGACGUCGUUGGUUGAACGGUUCCUUUGCUGCCAGUCUGUACGCCAUUAUGCACUUUACUCGUAUUUACAAGAGUGGUCACAACAUCAUUCGGUUGUUCUUCCUCCACAUUCAGAUGAUCUACAACUGCGUGUCUCUUAUCAUGACAUGGUUCUCUCUCGCCUCCUAUUGGUUGACAUCAUCCGUUAUUCUUGAUCUUGUGGGAACCCCCGGUGAAUCCAACAAGGAGAAAGGUUGGCCAUUUGGUAACGAAGCAUCUCCUAUUGUCAACAACUUCAUCAAAUAUGGCUAUGUGUUCUUCCUCAUGCUCCAAUUCAUCCUGGCGCUUGGAAAUCGACCUAAGGGUUCGACUCUCGCCUACACGCUCUCCUUCAUGUACUUUUCAUUUGUUCAAUCUUAUGUCAUGAUCUGCUCGUUCUACCUGGUCGCAAACGCCUUCAUGGGUGGCACUUUGGAUUUCGACAUGAGCCAGGGUGUUGGACACUUCCUGAGUACCUUCUUCAGUUCUUCCGGCGCUGGUAUUGUCUUGAUCGCUUUGGUAUCCACCUACGGUAUCUACUUCCUCGCCAGUUUCAUGUACAUGGACCCCUGGCACAUGUUUACAUCCUCUUGGGCUUACUUCGCUGGAAUGACCUGCUCUAUCAACAUUCUGAUGGUCUACGCUUUCUGCAACUGGCACGAUGUCUCGUGGGGUACUAAGGGAUCCGACAAGAGUGAAGCACUGCCAGAAGCCCAAACCAAGAAGGAGAAAGAAGAUGACAAGUCGAAUUUCAUUGAGGAAGUCGACAAACCACAGGCCGAUAUUGAUAGUCAAUUUGAGGCUACUGUUAAGCGUGCGCUGGCGCCCUACAUCGAGCCGGAAGAGAAGAACGAGAAGUCCAUGGAUGACUCGUACAAGGCUUUCCGUACCAACUUGGUUCUCCUGUGGAUUUUCAGCAACUUGAUUGUGGUGCUUCUCAUUACUGCUACUGGUGUCAAGCGUUUCUGUCUUACUAACACCUCCACUGUUCGAACUGCGAACUACUUCUCUGCCAUUCUGUGGAUCACUGCUGGCUUGUCCCUGUUCCGUUUCGUCGGUUCGAUGUGGUUCCUGGGCAAGUCUGGUAUUCUCUGCUGUGUCUCCCGACGCUAA